AUGUUGUCGAGAAGAGAGCAACUAUAUCAGCAGCCAUGGAAAGAGAGGAAAUUUCAGGAUCACAGGUCUAAGGUGAAAUCAGCGUUACCUGCCAUAGAUGACAGAGCUCCAGCGUCUCGCCCGCACGUUGUUACUAAACUGAAGAAAGUCCAAAGAGAAAUGGACCGUAAGACCAAGAUACAAAAUGAGAAUUUCAGUCUCCUCCAGCGGCUCAGCGCAAUAAUGAAAGUGAACAGGCUGGAUAAUCACUGGACUAAACCGUUGCCUAAUUUCCAGCACAAAGUGGGCCAAUUUUACGAUGUGAAUUCGCUUAACACAAGAUUAGCAUCAAGAUACGCUGAUUCAGUGCAGGAGUCCUAUCACAGCGGGGUUAAAUGCUACGCAUGCGAGCUAAAGAAAAUGGUAGGUAUCUAA